AUGUUAAUAACAUGUUCAAGAUUUAUACAACCGACUUAUGAGCUUUUUUCUAGCAACCGAAGUUCUCUACCAAAUACUGGUUUUCAAAUCAUUCAACCAAAGACUGGAAAUUAUUAUCCACUUGGUUCAAAUGAGACUAUCGUAUGGGAUUAUCCAGUCACUCCAAAUCCGGAAAUUUACGUAAUAAUUACAGCUACCUACCGUAACGGAACAUCAGAAGUUGUAUUUAACAAAAUGACACCAUUAUACCCUUCAGAACUAACUUACAAAAUAGAAGAAACAUGGUCAACAGAGGCUUCAUACAAUGUAAUAAUUCAACUAACAGCAAAUCCAAACAUUAAUGCAACAUCUG